GUUUUUAUUUCCGUGACUACAUUUUGUGGUUUAAUCAGUUAAAUUAAAAGCUUUUGGUUAACUGAUAAGAAUAGUUUUUAAAUCCCACUCUCUCUUUCUCCCUAUCCCCCUCUCGAUGUCUCCCUUUCUCUUUGUUUCUCUUCCGGCCAGAGUUGGCGCUUAAAUUCAAAUUCUUAUCUUGGCCCUGUCCCAGUGGCAACGUGAUCAAUAUUCACGGAAGUGCUUGGCUAAGCACCUUUGCCAACUGAUAAAGAUAGUUUCACAAUCUCCGCAGCCACUUGACUGUUGCCUCACUGCGUCGCAGUCGCUCCUCGCUCUUUGUCUCUCUCUUUGUUGGCGGCAACCGCCCUUGUUUCAACUUUAUGCGUGCUUUCUGUGCUUGCUGCUGGUGCUGCACUUGAUGAUUUUCGCCAGACGAAAAUCAGUUACGCUCGAAAGUUGCCGCCGUCCGGUUGCGAAAGGUUCUCAGGUGCCGAGAGCCAGAGAGAGGAGAGUCUCCAACCCGGCGAAGGUCGCUCUGGCUUAGAUCUGUGACGACCAGUACGUCCCAGCUCCGGAGGCCCGGCCAGUGCCCGAUGAGCGAUACGCGGCCGGCCAAACGGACCGGAAGGAUACCGCCACACAGACCGUGCAGAGCAGUUUGUCCCGGCCGCCGAAAAUAUUGCCACCCUCGCCGCCGACGUCCACGCCAGCGCCGGUCUCGAUGUCUGACCGAAUCGUAGAUCCGUCCCUGGGAGUGUCGCCCAGUGUGGCGAUACCCUUCAACAUUGACUGGAUAUUCCCCAGGCUGCGGAAUCCCAGCAGCUUUUGGUACUGGGCCAGCCAGUUCGUCGUGGCUGCAGUCGGAAUCUUUAGCAAGAUCGUGCUGAUGUUCCUGAACAAAACCCGUGUCUACAACAAGGAGCGCCUGGUUAACCUGAUUUCCAAAAGGCCCAAAGACAUCCCCCUGGUGACGGUGUCCAAUCACUAUUCCUGCUUCGACGAUCCCGGCCUCUGGGGCUGUCUGCCCAUGAGCAUUGUUUGCAGCACCUACAACAUCCGCUGGUCCAUGGCUGCCCACGAUAUAUGCUUUACCAACAAGCGGCACUCGCUCUUCUUUAUGUUCGGCAAGUGCAUUCCUGUCGUCCGUGGCAAUGGUGUCUACCAGGAGGCCAUCAACCUGUGCAUCGAGAAGGCAGCGCAGGGCCACUGGAUUCACGUGUUUCCCGAGGGCAAGGUGAACAUGGAGAAGGAGGAGCUGCGCCUCAAGUGGGGCGUCGGUCGGAUUAUCUACGAGUCACCCAAAAUUCCCAUCAUCUUGCCCCUGUGGCACAUAGGGAUGGAUGACAUGCUGCCCAAUGUGGAGCCCUAUGUGCUGCAGCGUGGCAAGAAGAUUACCGUGAAUGUGGGUCAGCCGUUGGACCUUAACGACUACAUCCUGGACCUGAAGAAGAGGCAAGUGCCGGAGCCCACGGCGCGAAAGCUAAUCACUGACAAAAUCCAGGAAGCCUUUCGGUUUUUGCGGGCCGAGACGGAGAAAUUGCACAGUGAACGCGAAUAGCCAGCUAUCAGGGAAGCAUACAGCGGCGGACAUUUCUAAUAAUAUUUAUUUCUGUAUAGUAUUAAGCCCAAAAUGAACCCUCGAAAGGCUCCUGCAAUCCGUUUAACGUAAUUCAGUUUUAUUAAGGUUAUUGCAAUGCGAUGUAAUGGCUGGAGAGAGGCACUUUAAGUGAAAUCGUGUGCAUUAUUAAAUAGUGUAAAUAUACAAAUUGACAUUUAACUGCAA